CCAAACACUCAUCUUGACUGCCAGGACUGUCCUUAUUGGGGAGAAGUUGAGAUGCAUUUUAUCAUUUUGAAGGAACCAAACAAAAAGAAAUGGGAGAGAGAUUUGUCUGGGCAGGCAGCCGUGAGUGUGGUUAACUGAGUGGAACAAUAGAGGGGAAGCUGUUUCGGUACUAUACUUGCUCUGCGCAGUCCCUCCCACUAAACUGGAUCCGGCCACUUGAGGAAAGAAUCUAGAGUUCAGGAAGUCAGUGGAACCCAUAAACAGGAAUUAAGAAAAAGCUCGGGGCUCUAGGAAAAGCUUCAUGACAGACGGAAACAUCCAGUCCAGUAAUGCUGCCAGUGUGAGCUCUGGACAUAGUAAGGGUCCUGCGAUGGCAGUUUUAGCAGGUGUUGAGCCUGGCACUGGACGAAAGACAGGUGAAGGGAGGCUGUCCUGGCCAGUUUUACUGCUGAUGCUAGCUGCUGUUGCCUCAUCCUCUUUUUCAGCUUUGUGCUUGUAUCAGCUGAUGUCUCUCAGAGCUGAGGUAGAGGGACUCAAAUCAGACAUGUGUCGCAGGAGAGAACAAGAGGCCAAACAUGGAGGCCAGGCUUCGAAUAUCAGUCACAGGAGACACAGUCAAGAGACCCCCCACCAACCUGCGCCUCAAAAUGCCUUCACACUGAUAAGGAAGAGAAGACUGGUGGCUGGACAAGAGACAUCAAUUUCUCAGCCUUGUAUGCAGCUGUUGGCAGACAGUGCAAGAAAAGUCUACCAUGUUGAUCUUGGAAAUGACGAGGAGCCACACAUAGGUAUCCCCUGGCAGGUUGGGCUGAAGAGAGGCUCUGCCCUGGAGGUAGAGCAAGAUAACAUGUUAGUCAGAGAGGAGGGCUUCUAUUUUGUGUACAGUCAGGUUUUCUACAGGGAAAAAAUCUUUGCAAUGGGUCACGUUGUGAUCCGGAGAAAGAGGAAUGUGGUGGGAAACGAGUCUCAACAUGUAUCCCUGUUCCGCUGCAUCCAGAGCAUCCACGAUACUGAGUACCCAUUCAACACCUGCUACACAGGAGGUAUAGUGAAGCUGGAGGUUGGAGACCACUUGCUGCUUCUGAUCCCCCGUUCCACAGCCGAUGUGUCCCUGGCUGGAGAUUCCACUUUCCUGGGUGCUGUCAAACUGGCUUAAAGAGUGCCACCUCACUUUGGACCCAAGGGACGAGGUUGUCAUCUGGAAGAGGUGCCAUGUUGGGAAGAGAGGGAGCAACAAGGCAAAGUUCUGGUGACAUUGUCUGAGUUUGGGUGCUUAUGAAGUGAAUACAGGAAGCAGCAAUUUCUGCACUGGCUGAAUGAAUAUGACUCUUAGCCAUUCAACCUGAGCAGACAUAAAACAGACAAGGAGACAAACUUUACACUUUGCUGAAACUUCAUAUGCACCUUAUAGCUACAGCUAAACCAAAAUAUUGUAAAUAAAAACUGCCAGAAUCAAGUACUUUUUUUAAAUGUACUGAUAAAUAAUCUUUUCUACUCUCGCCGCAGCAUUACUGCCACUGAAAUGGUUUUCACGUGCUUUGUUUAUCUAGGUAUUUCAACAUUAACAUGAAACUGGUUACACUUACAUUUCAUUUACCCGACAAUGUCUAAAUAUUAUGAACAUUCAGAUACAAUAAAGUGACAGUUG